GUCGAAAAGUUUGUUUAUAAAUAACAAUAAGGUACAAUUAAUUAAAACGGUCAAUGAUUCUGUAAUAAAAAUGAAUGGAUUUGCAACAUUAAAGGAAAUCAGCGAUACGUUCAAAGAACAAUUGCAUACAGAAUCUGCAGAACUAUUUACUGCGACCGGAAAUCAUUGUUACGAAGAUGGGAUUACCAAGAAAUUGAAAGACAUAACUUUUGCUACUUCGAAAUUGAGAUUAUUAAAAGCAAAACCAUUAGCUUCCUCUGAAGAAAUAAUUGUAAAUAAAGACAAAAGCAACAUUAUCAAGGACUAUGAAGAUGCGGCAAUAUCAUCACUAAUUGAAAAGGAAGUUAUAAAAUCUUUGACACAAACAAAUGCAGUAAAAAAUCUAUUGAUUUCAUCAGACCGGAGUCUUGAUCAAGAUAUGUUGGAAAGAAAAUGGAAAAUCAAAGAGAUAUUAACAAAAUUUGCCCAAUUAGAAACACAAGAUAUGCAAUUACAAACAGUACUAAAGGAAAAACAGGACACACUUGAAAUGUUAAGGUCAGAGUGGGUUUCGGAAAUGGCAACAUUGAAAGACAUGAAGAAAUCUAAUGGAGGAGUUGAUAGAGAUUUAACAAAAGAUGGACCCGCAUAUCAGAAACUAAAUAUGUUGGUAGAGAAAAUGGAACUAAUGCGUUGGAUGAUAUCAAAAUUAGUUACCGCCAGGACUGGGAACUACGACUGGCUAGCGGACCCUGACAGAAGAUUUAAAGCACUAGAAAUGUCUAGACAAGAAAUAUCAUUUGAUGAAUUUAUUAAUGACUAGCUGUUGCAAGACUUCGUCUAAGUGAAAUAAAAAAAAACAUAGCCUAUGUUAUUCAGU